GUCCUGAGCUAAACAAAAGCAGGAGGCAGAGGGGGCUGCUGGAGUUUGCAGAGGCAGAGGGAAGGGAGCUGCCUUGCCUGCUGCUGGCUUUGCUGCUUCUGCGGAGAGGAGAGAUCUGGCUUUGGCAAGGGGGUGGGAGGGGGGGAGAAAAACCCCCCACCAAACCCCAACCCAAUCAAACCCACCCCCUCCAACCCACCCCCUUUGCAACCACUCUGGCUCCAGGGGGGUGGGGGAAAGUUUGCUCUGAGACCCUUCUUCCUCCCUCUCUCCUUCAGAUCCCUGCCUAUUUGCAAAAGGAUUAAGCUACAGAUUUAAACGCUGAUAGCCUGUUUCUGCAAUCGCAGAAGGACCCCGGGACUGAAACAAAACAAAACAAAACAAAAAAGCUGCUAAAAAUCCAGCUCUGAUUUUUCAGCAAGUGGAAGAAGGUUGAUUUUUUUUCUUGCUUUUGAAGUCACCACCUUCCCCCUCCCUCCCAAGAAGCAAAGGGAUCUUUUUGUUUCCCCCCCCCCUCUCGUUUUUUCUUUUUUUCUUCUUCUUCUUCCUCCCGAGAAGGAUUUGGAGCCGGCGUGAAGGAUAAAAAAAAAAAAAGCCUUGGUUCUUCCUGGGAGCUGUGCCGAAGGAGCAAGAAGGGAGAAGGAAGGAACAAGGGACUGCUCCCAGCUUUGGAAAUGGAUGAUCAGCCCAGGUUGAUGCAUUCCCAUGCUGGGGUGGGAAUGGCUGGACACCCUGGCCUGUCCCAACAUAUGCAGGAUGGAGCAGGAGGGACAGAGGGGGAGGGGGGCAGAAAACAAGACAUUGGAGACAUUUUACAGCAAAUCAUGACCAUCACAGACCAGAGUUUGGAUGAGGCGCAGGCCAGGAAACAUGCUUUAAACUGCCACAGGAUGAAGCCGGCCCUUUUUAACGUCUUGUGUGAAAUCAAAGAAAAAACAGUCCUGAGUAUUCGGGGAGCCCAGGAAGAGGAGCCCACGGACCCCCAGCUGAUGCGGUUGGACAACAUGCUGUUGGCGGAGGGGGUAGCAGGACCUGAGAAAGGAGGGGGCUCAGCAGCAGCAGCCGCUGCUGCAGCAGCAUCCGGAGGGGCCGGUUCAGACAACUCCGUGGAGCAUUCUGACUACAGAGCUAAGCUUUCACAGAUCCGACAGAUCUACCACACGGAGCUGGAGAAAUACGAGCAGUGUUUCUUGCCCUCCCAGGCCUGCAACGAAUUCACCACCCACGUGAUGAACCUGCUGCGUGAACAGAGUCGGACCCGGCCCAUCUCGCCGAAGGAGAUCGAACGGAUGGUCAGCAUCAUCCACCGCAAGUUCAGCUCCAUCCAGAUGCAGCUUAAGCAAAGCACGUGUGAAGCCGUUAUGAUCCUACGCUCACGAUUUCUGGACGCGCGGCGGAAGAGAAGAAACUUCAACAAGCAGGCUACGGAAAUCCUGAAUGAGUAUUUCUAUUCCCAUCUCAGCAACCCUUACCCCAGUGAGGAAGCCAAAGAGGAGCUAGCCAAGAAAUGUGGCAUCACAGUCUCACAGGUAUCAAACUGGUUUGGAAAUAAGCGAAUCCGGUACAAGAAGAACAUAGGUAAAUUUCAAGAGGAAGCCAAUAUUUAUGCUGCCAAAACGGCUGUCACUGCUACAAAUGUGUCAGCCCAUGGAAGCCAAGCUAACUCACCCUCAACUCCCAAUUCAGCUGGUUCUUCCAGUUCUUUUAACAUGUCAAACUCUGGAGAUUUGUUCAUGAGCGUGCAGUCACUCAAUGGGGAUUCUUACCAAGGGGCCCAGGUUGGAGCCAACGUGCAGUCACAGGUGGAUACCCUUCGCCAUGUUAUCAGCCAGACAGGAGGAUACAGUGACGGGCUCGCAGCAAGUCAGAUGUAUAGUCCGCAGGGCAUCAGUGCUAAUGGAGGUUGGCAAGAUGCUACUACCCCCUCAUCAGUGACCUCCCCCACAGAAGGCCCUGGCAGCGUUCACUCUGAUACCUCCAACUGAUCUCCCAGCAAAUUGCAUCCCUGGCUGACCCCAGUCCCCUUCAGGGGCAGGGGUGGGAGGGGAGGGGUUCUCUCCUAAUGCUGAAGCAGUCAGACUGGAGGUGGAACCAAUCAGCAAACACAAUAAGAGUCUCCUUCUCUUCUCUUCGUCGGGAUGCUUUUUCAGCCAAUCUGGACACUUCUUUAUACUCUCUUCCCUUUAUUUUCUGGGUAGAAGCCACCCCUCCCCCUGCCACCACCACCAUCCCCCUCCCAAAUCCUCCCACUGAAGGAUAUUUUCAACAGGUAGAAGAAUUUAAAGAGGGAAAAAAAUAACAAAACAACAACAACAAAACGUAUUUGUACAUUUUCACUGGUUUUCUGAGGAGCCAAAAUUUACCUCACUCUUUUACUAAAAGGCAACCACCUCCUUCAGUUUCUCUUGUGCUCACACCUACCUCUUAGCAGGAGUAUGCCACACAUCAGCCUUUCCUUCUG